AUGGCACCUGAUAACAACAAUGACCCAUUUCCAAGAGAACCGCCAUCAUGUAUGACACGAGAAUGGCUUAUCCAUAGCCCAAAGCCACCAUCCCAGGCAUACCUAGCUGCAGGGCUCUGGGGACACCUAGGGUCUGUGCUCCCCAGGACGGCUCCAUCCUCCCCUGAGGUUCAGUGGCCAGACUGCUCUCCUGGGAGGAGCCAGGGAGGAUUCCAGUCAGAUAUAAGCACCGACCUCCUGUGGAGUCAAGAGACAUUUUCAUACCUGUGGGAACUCCUUCCCAGGGACUCGGUGCUGUCUGCCUCCAUACCUUCUGAAGUGGAGGGGGUGGACAAUCUGCCACUGCCGGACGUCUUAUCGAACAGGUUACAAAACCAGGGAGGCACUCAAGGGAUGUCAGCGCCCCCCACACCAGCCCCCUCCUGGACCCUGUCAUCUUCCGUGCCUUCUCAGAAGACCUGCCCAGGCACCUAUGGUUUCACUCUGGGCUUCCUGAAUUCCGGGACCGCCAAGUCUGUCACCUGCACAUACUCCCCCGACCUGAAUAAGCUGUUUUGUCAGCUGGCAAAGACCUGCCCAGUGCAGCUGGGAGUCACGUCACUGCCCCCGCCUGGCACCCGUGUGCGCACCAUGGCCAUUUACAAGAAGUCUGAGCACAUGACGGAGGUUGUGAAGCGCUGUCCCCACCAGGAGCGUUGCUCUGACUAUAUCGAUGCCCUGGCUCCUCCUCAGCACCUCACCCGGGUGGAAGGAAACCAGUGCGCUGAGUACCUGGAGGACAACGUGACCCUGCAACACAGUGUUGUGGUGCCCUAUGAGCCCCCCGAGGUCGACGCCGACUGUACCACUGUUCACUACAACUUCAUAUGUAACAGCUCCUGCAUGGGGGGCAUGAACCGGCGGCCCGUCCUCACCAUCAUCUCCCUGGAAGACUCCAGUGGUAAUCUGCUGGAACAUAACAGUUUUAAGGUGCGGGUUUGUGAGUGUCCUGGGAGAGAAAGGCGCACUGAGGAAGAAAACUCCCACAAGAAUGAGGAGCCUUGCCCCAAGCCACCCCGGCAGAGCACUAAGCAAGCACUGCCCACCAGCACGGGGUCCUCCACCCAAACGAAGAAGAAGCCACUGGAUGAAGAAUAUUACACCCUUCAGAUUUGUGGCCGUGAACGCUUCAAGAUGUUCUGGGAGCUGAAUGAGGCAUUGGAGCUGAAAGGUGGGAAGGAGCCAGAGGGGAGCCAGGCUCACUCCAGUCCCCUGAAGGCUAAGAAGAGACCAUCUACCUCCCGCCACAAAAAGACCACCUUCAAGAAAGAGGGGCCUGACUCAGACUGA